AUGGUGAAGAUUUUCGUCGGUAACCUCAAUCCCAGCUCCAAGGCUGCAGACCUAAGAAAACGAUUUGAAUUGUACGGAAAAGUUACGGAAUGCGACAUCGUAAACAACUACGCUUUUGUGCAUAUGGAUAGUGAGUCGGACGCUGAAGCGGCGAUUGCUAAAUUGCAUAACUCAGACUUCGAUGGAGCAAAGAUUAAUGUCGAAAUGAGCCAUGGUAAACGCACUUCGGGCGGUCCAAUGCGUCGUCGCUUUAACGAUCGUCGACCUCCCCGCGACGACUAUCGCGAUCGUUUCCGUGGUCCUCCCCGUGGUCCAUAUAUGGAUGGUCCUGAAGGUUCGCGCGGUCCUUAUGGUCCCGACAGUAUGCCAAUGCGCAGCAGCCGCUUUGGGCCACCUGCCUGGGACGAGGGU